AUGCCCGUCGCCCUCCCUAGCGCGCGUCGCACUCCCUUCCGACGUCGCCCUCCCUUCCGCCCGUCGCACUCCCUAGCGCUCGUUGCAUCCCCUUCCGCCCGUCGCCCUCCCUUCCGCCCGUCGCCCUCCCUUCCGCCCGUCACCCUCCCUUCGUCUCGUCGCCCUCCCUUCCUCUCAUUGUCCUCCCGACCGCCCGCCGCCCUACCUUCCCCUCGUCGCGCUCCCUUCCGCCCGUUGCCCCCCUUUGUCUCGUCGCGCUCCCUGCUGCUCGCCGCCCUCCCUCCCGCUCGUCCCCUCUCAAUCCCCAUAUCUCUCUCCCCUCGUCGCCCUGGCAUCCCCGUUACUGUCGCCAUCCCUCCCUUCUCCCUUCCCAACUCCCACACUUGUCACGCCCCCUUUCCAACCCGCACACACCCUUCCUUUCCCUUUCCCUGCUUUCCCAUGUUCCUUUCCCUGCUUCCCCCCAUCCCCUUCCCUGCUUCCCCCCAUCCCCUUCCCUACUUCCCCAUGUCCCCUUCCCUGCUUCCCCCCAUCCCCUUCCCUGCUACCCCCCAUCCCCUUCCCUACUUCCCCAUGUCCCUUUCCCUGCUUCCCCCCAUCCCCUACCCUUUUUCUCCCCAUCCCUUUCCCUGCUUCCCCCCAUCCCCUUCCCUGCUCCCCACCAUCCCCUUCCCUGCUUCCCCCCAUCCCCUUCCCUGCUUCCCCCCAUCCCCUUCCCUACUUCCCCAUGUCCCCUUCCUUGCUUCCCCCCAUCCCAUUCCCUGCUUCCCCAUGUCCCCUUCCCUGCUUCCCACCAUCCCCUUCCCUGCUUCCCCACCAUCCCCUUCCCUGCUUCCCCCCAUCCCCUUCCCUGCUUCCCCCCAUCCCCUUCCCUACUUCCCCAUGUCCCCUUCCCUGCCUCCCCCCAUCCCAUUCCCUGCUUCCCCAUGUCCCCUUCCCUGCUUCCCACCAUCCCCUUCCCUGCUUCCCCACCAUCCCCUUCCCUGCUUCCCCUCAUCCCCUUCCCUGCUUCCCCCCAUCCCCUUCCCUACUUCCCCAUGUCCCCUUCCCUGCUUCCCCCCAUCCCAUUCCCUGCUUCCCCAUGUCCCCUUCCCUGCUUCCCACCAUCCCCUUCCCUGCUCCCCACCAUCCCCUUCCCUGCUUCCCCCCAUCCCCUUCCCUACUUCCCCAUGUCCCCUUCCCUGCUUCCCCCCAUCCCCUUCCCUACUUCCCCAUGUCCCUUUCCCUGCUUCCCCCCAUCCCCUACCCUUUUUCUCCCCAUCCCUUUCCCUGCUUCCCCCCAUCCCCUUCCCUGCUCCCCACCAUCCCCUUCCCUGCUCCCCACCAUCCCCUUCCCUGCUUCCCCCCAUCCCCUUCCCUGCUUCCCCCCAUCCCCUACCCUUUUUCUCCCCAUCCCUUUCCCUGCUUCCCCCCAUCCCCUACCCUUUUUCUCCCCAUCCCUUUCCCUGCUUCCCCCCAUCCCCUUCCCUGCUCCCCCCCAUCCCCUUCCCUGCUUCCCCCCAUCCCCUUCCCUGCUUCCCACCAUCCCCUUCCCUGCUUCCCCCCAUCCCCUUCCCUGCUUCCCCCCAUCCCCUUCCCUGCUUCCCCCCAUCCCCUUCCCUGCUUCCCCCCAUCCCCUUCCCUGCUUCCCCCCAUCCCAUUCCCUGCUUCCCCCCAUCCCAUUCCCUGCUUCCCCCCGUCCCCUUCCCUGCUUUCCCAUGUCCCCUUCCCUGCUUCCCCCCAUCCCCUUCCCUGCUUCCCCCCAUCCCAUUCCCUGCUUCCCCCCGUCCCCUUCCCUGCUUUCCCAUGUUCCCUUCCCUGCUUCCCCCCAUCCCCUUCCCUACUUCCCCCCAUCCCCUUCCCUGCUUCCCACCAUCCCCUUCCCUGCUUCCCCCCAUCCCCUUCCCUACUUCCCCAUGUCCCCUUCCCUUCUCAAGCCUUCCCUUCCCGAUCAACUCCUUUUCAUGCCCUCCCCUUCCCCCUCACUCCUCACCUUCUGCCCUCUACUUCCCAUGCAUGUGCACCCAUCUCUAUUUCCCCGUUCAUGCUUUCAUCAUGUGCGCUUGCUUGUAUUCCCCUGCCAUUGUUCCGUUGCACCUCACACCACCUCCCCCAUGUUUCUUCACGCAAUUCUUUCUUUCUUUCUCCCCUCUCUCAGUGAUGCAUGGACACUAA